GCUCCAGGGUCGCUGAGCACACAGUAGAUGUCAGUGGAGAGUCUUUCUCCAAUAGAGAAGAGGGAGGCGUAGAAGGAGGCUGGUGAUGGGCGGUGCACGGACACAGAAACAAACACUGUACAGUCACACACAUGCCGCUAUGCCAUCAGGAUGAAGACACGGGCACCUCCGCUCCAUGCCUGCCUUACCCCACACAAACAUACACACACGGAAGUGAUGAGAGUGUAAUGAGAGUGUGAAGAGCUCCUGUGUGCCCCCCUCCUUUCCCCGGACUCAUACACACAGAGGUCUAUAGGAUCUGCCUGCCGUCUUCCCCCCUUCCUCUCUCUCUCUCUCCAAGGAGCUGGGGGUGGAUCCUGAUUGAGAAGCUGGCUCCUGGGAACAACAACAACAAGGCAGCCUCACAAGCAGCUACGGCGAAUGGCCAUGUGAUGUCUCCCUGUGGGGUGAGCUUGUGAAACCAAAAAUAAAAACAACAAAAAAAAAAUACAAACAAAGCAAAAUAAACAGAGCCACAACGUGCUGACUGAGUGGAACAAGAGGAACUGAAAGUGCACAGGAGGUGAUUGAUGUUUGGUGGUAAAGUGACAUUUGGACAAGGAGGAUUUCUUCAGCAAGCAGACUACAGAUUGACAGCACUGUACAAACGGUGUUCUAAUAAAUGACUACAUUGUGGAACAACUUCAGACGCUGUAAGAGUGUCGGAUCUAGACAUCAAAACGGAGUCUUCCAUGAGCCCACAAUGACCUUCCAAAGUGUUACUACUCAGCAUGAAGACAAACUGUCGCAUGAAUAACGAUUCUGUGAUUUACGGAAAAUGUAUAUUAAUAGAGAGAGGCAUCAUUUAAAGGGUCUGAACGGAAUGUCUGCAGAUGACAAGACUGAAACCCCGAUGUACGUGUAUGAGUCAACUGUGCAUUGUACAAACAUUCUUCAGUGCCUCAAUGACCAGUGGAAGCGGGACAUUCUCUGUGAUGUCACUCUAGUUGUGGGAGGAAAGGAAUUUCGAGCCCAUCGGGCUGUGCUGGCUGCUUGCAGCGAGUACUUUCUGCAAGUUCUAGUUGGGCCAACUGAACAUGGAUUGGUAGUCAGCUUGCCAGAAGAGGUCACUGCUAGAGGAUUUGGUCCAUUGUUGCAGUUUGCCUACACUGCGAAGCUAUUACUGAGCAAAGAAAACAUCCAAGAGGUCAUCCAAUGUGCGGAAUUCCUGCGUAUGCACAACCUGGAGGACUCCUGCUUCCGCUUUCUUCAGACGCAGCUUUUAAACAAUGAGGAUGGCUUGUUUCUGUGUAAGAAAGACACCUCUUGCCAGCGUGUGCACAAUGAGACUUUUCAUUGUGAAGAGGAAACCAUGGAAUCUGAAACCUCAAAAAUAUCCUGCCCCAAGGAAAGAAUGCACCAUGAGCCUUUUAACUUUGGUUCAGGUGAGAACGCCACAGACAGAAAUGAAGUCAUUUUGCCUAAUUCCAAUAUGCAAAGGGAUUAUAAAGAAAGUUUAGACAAGGAUCCUGUAAUCCGCUACCCACAUAAGAAAUACCAGCUGGCUUGUACUAAGAAUGUCUACAAUACAUCACAUAGUACCUCAGGUUUUACAAGCACAUACAAUGAACAUAACUCGGAAAUAGGCCUAAAAUCAGGACUUCCUAUUGGCCAGAUCAAAAGUGAGCCUCAAGAUGAUGAUAAUGAAGAAGAGAGUGUUACACUUUGCUUGUCUGGAGAUGAUAGUGACAUCAGGGAUAAAGAAGGGGACAUUGAGAUAGUCAGGAAACAGCCCGACCCAGUUAACAUUGAUGAUCCAAAAUGCGUGUCAUCUCCUUCUAGUCUAGGGACUUUAUUUAGUGGAACAACAGGAGGAGAAUUCAUGGACUCACCUGGCACUUCCCAUCAGCGCUUUGUCAGAAGUCCGCCAUGCCCUGUGGAAAAGGAAACGACUCAGGAUGACCAUAAAACUGAAUAUAUCCCUUUCACUGGGAACUAUGAUUUGUCUAGUGAACCUCACAAAGAUUCUUCUAACUUCCUCAUGUCAUCCCCUCUUCAAGGUUCUGGCUCAGAUCUCACCCCUAAACAUGAGAUGGAAUUGGACAGGAGAAGUGUAAUUUUCUCUUCAAGUGCUUGUGACCAAAUAAGCACUCCGGUGCAAUCAUAUUCUGGUAUGAGCUGCUUGGAUAAAGAGUUUUCUGAGCAUGUGCCAAAGGGUCUGUGGGCUGGAGCAAGCCAAUCUCUUCCCAGCUCUCACACCUUUCCCCACAGCGGGCUGGUAGUGGACCCAAUGCCAGGAAGGCUGAGGCCAAACACUAGCUGCCCAGUGCCAAUUAAAGUGUGUCCCCGUUCCCCACCUCUGGAUACCAGAACAAGAACAUCAAGCUCCUGCUCCUCAUAUUCAUACGCAGAGGAUGGAAGCGGUGGAUCUCCUUGCAGCCUCCCUCUCUGUGAAUUUUCAUCAUCUCCCUGUUCACAAGGCCCACGUUUUCCACCCACUGACCAUCAAGAAGCAUGUUCAAUUGUAGACUCGUUAUACAACCAAGUCAGACCACAGAUAAAAUGUGAGCAGUCAUAUGGAACAAACUCAAGUGAUGAAUCUGGAUCAUUUUCAGAAGCAGACAGUGAGUCAUGUCCUGUACAAGACAGCGGGCCCGAGGUUAAAUUGCCCUUUCCAAUUGAUCAAAUCACAGAUCUUCCACGCAAUGAUUUCCAAAUGAUGAUAAAAAUGCACAAGCUGACCUCAGAACAGUUGGAAUUUAUUCACGAUAUUCGGCGUAGAAGUAAAAACAGGAUAGCUGCCCAGCGCUGCCGGAAAAGGAAACUCGACUGUAUUCAAAACUUAGAAUGUGAAAUACAUAAGUUGGUAUGUGAAAAGGAAAAGCUUUUAACAGAAAGGAACCAGCUGAAGGCUUGCAUGGGAGAGUUACUGGACAACUUCUCUUGCCUUUCCCAGGAAGUAUGUAGAGAUAUCCAGAGUCCUGAGGAGAUCCAAGCCCUCCACAGGUACUGUCCUGUCUUACGACCUAUGGAUUUACCCACAGCUGCUGCAUUCAACCCUUUACCAGCAAGAGGAGAGCCAAGCCUUGUCACCGCUCAGGAAGCAGGAGAUAACAUGCAGUGCUGCAACAAUCAAGGCCCAAUACAACUUGGCAGCCACUCUAACAGUAUACCUGAAAAUUGUAUAGCAAGAAGAGGACUGGAAGGAUCAGACCAUGGUACUUACUCAGAGAGGGGGGCAUGUUUGGAACAGAACAGCCAAACGGUAACAGUGGACUUCUGUCAAGAAAUGACCGAGAAAUGUACGACAGAUGAACAGCCAAGAAAAGAUUUCUCCUAGUGGUGAUACACGAUAUUGCUCUAUGGCCAAGCAGAAGUCACCAGUCAGCCAUUGGCUGCCACUGCCUCCAUAAAACAUUGUUGGUGCACACUACAGCAGUCUUAGCAGCAAUACUGUUUUAUAAGUAUUUUCCUCCUCUCUGAAAGCAGGAGAUCCCUUCACGAUGGUGCUAUACCUUGUCCAGGCAAGGAAAUCUACAGUGGCUACACUGUCCUCUUUGUGUUCUCCUUCACUUGUUAAUGUAUUUUAACUUCAGAUCUUAACAGGGAUAGACUAAACACCAGUGAGGACCCAACAGCAGCUUUUCUUCUCAGUGACCCAUGUCACAAAAACCUAUCUCAGGAAUUUCCACAGAAUGUUCAUUUGUUUUCAUUAAAAACUGCUAAUCAAGGUUUUAUAGGUAAACUGUACAUAGGUUCUAUAUCCAUAUGCAAAAAGUCCACACAUCCCUCAAUUUUCACACCCUAAAACUGGAAAUGAUCUUCUCUCUAUUGUACACAUUCCUUUUCUAUGUCCUCAAUGCCACAGACUGCUUAUUUUUUUUUUUGUUUGUUUAUUUUUUUUUUUCUAUUCUGACCCCGUUGUCUAUUUUCUGACUAUUUAAACGCAAGUAUCUAAAUUUCUCUAUAGUUUUCUUAUUUGCAUAUGUCUUUAACAUAGCAUGGCGCCAGUCUCUUUUAGGUAGGCAAAGUUUUCUUAUCAAGACUCUGUUCUUCUUGACACAUGCACUGAGUUUUGCUGUUGUGUGUAAAUUUAACAUGACUACAUAUGCAUUACUUGUUUGUAUAACAAAGAAAACAAAAAAAUGAAAGAAAUACUCAGGAUAUUAGGAUGUAGGAACGUUUUCUUGCCAAAUACUGAAUUUACCAUAUAGUGUAAAAUUGAAGCCUGAUUUAUCCCUAAUUUUGGCUACUUAAUAACUGUUCUAAAAUGAACUGUGCUUUAUGGCAUCUCUUGAUCACCGCCGGUGUAUUCCUAGGAAGAAGCCUGUGGUAGAAGACAAGAGUGUGAUUGCUGACAAAGGGAGUAUGCUGCAGUCCAUUAAAACCAAUGAAAAUCAGUUACCUCAUGUAAAAUGUG